CGAGCCUCCUCAUGAGAAUUUCUGGAAAUAAGCACAUGAGCGCUCAGAGCUCGGAACGCGGUGCUGCCCAGGCACUGUUGCUGGACAGAGGGGGCCACGGAACCCAAUAGAGACCAUUGGGCAGUGGGGCCUUCAACGUGCUGUACUCACUCCUACAGUGUUGCAAAGAAGUCGCCAAAUGAGACAAACGACUCCCCCACAUCAGAUCCGCAUCCUGCUGGUCCCCCUCCUCCCUAUGGUCCUCCUCCCUGGACGUACUUUGAAGGCGUAGGUGAGCACCGACAGCCCGUGGGAAGUGAGAAGCCACAGGGGGCCUGGCCAGGGGGGUCCCACCUGCUUCCCGCUUCCCAGUCCCAGAGCUGUAUGCCGGCAUGCCUGUGGUGGGGACGUCCAUGCCGGUGCAGGCCAUGUGUCCCUACUGUGGAAACCGCAUCAUCACAGUGACCUCCUUUGUCCCGGGUGCCCUCACCUGGCUGCUGUGUACCACCCUCUUCGUGUUCGGGUGCGUCCUGGGCUGCUGCUUCCUCCCAUUCUGCAUAAGGAGCCUAAUGGACGUGAAGCACUCGUGUCCCGUGUGCCAGCACGAGCUCUUCUACUACCACCGCCUGUGAGCCCCCAAGAAAUAAAUGCCAGGGGUGCCACCUGGGCACA